AUGACCAUAUCAACCACGACUGGAUUAGCUAGAUACUAUGCAGGCCACCGGCCAGUGCUUACUGUGGCCGAGCCGGAACUGUUAAAAAACAUCAUGAUCCGCGACUUUAACUCGUUCACCGACCGUAACUUCGAGCUCCUGAUAGACCCGGUCCUCAACCGUAACGUCGCUCAGGCGUCGGGUGACGACUGGAAACGGUUGCGACAGAUAAUCAGUCCGGCGUUCAGCUCCGGGCGUAUGAAACGUAUGUAUCCAUCCAUUAGGGAGUGUUUGCGCGACUUUACCGCACAUCUGGACGCAUACGCCAGGGAUGGGCGCCCUAUGAAUGCCAAGGAAAUGUUUGGAAAUUUCACCAUGGACGUUGUGGCCACCUGUGCAUUCGCCACCAAGACCAAUAUUCAUAAUGAUCCCAAUAAUCCGGUGACCACUACUGUCAAACCAGAAGGGCUACAAUAUUUUAAUGAUCUAAUGAGUAAUAUAAUCACAACGCGUAAAGAGAUGCCGGACUCGAGCGCCAAAUACUCAGACUUUUUGCAGCUAUUAAUGGACGCACGCAAUGAUAGAGUGGCCGCACAUGAAAGCGCUAUCACCGACGAGUCGGGCACCGGUAGCCUCAAACCUUCGGCCCCGACCCCAGCCGUACCGCAUAAGCAAAUGUCUGACGACGAGGUGCGGGCCAACACAUUCGUUAUAUUAAUGUCCGCCUACGAGACCACCGCCACGACCCUAACCAUAGCCAUGUAUGAGCUCGCGCUACAGCCCAGACUACAGGAGCGACUGUACGCCGAGCUCAAGGCCGCCAUGGAUGCUGAUGGUGAAAUUGACUAUGACACUUUACAAGCAUUAACCUAUCUCGAUCAAGUCGUAUCGGAGACCCUGCGCUUACAUCCGCCCGGCAUACGGGCCACACGACUGGCCACUCAAGACUAUAAGCUCGGCGAUACCGGUAUUGUAAUACGUAAGGGUCAACAGGUGGACAUACCUACCUAUGCCAUACAUCAUAGUCCCGAGAACUACCCAGAUCCAUACCGAUACGAUCCGGAUCGUUUCUCGCCGGCCAAUCGUGGUAAAAUUAAACCCUAUACGUACGCG